AUGAAACAACAGGAAGAGGCGAUAAACGUUGCCUCUUCCGACUUUGAAAAGGUCCGGGCCGCCCAAUCGUGCUCUUGGUCGCAGCAUUGGGUUGAAACGGAGCUAAUAGUCGAGCCAGCCAAGUGCCAUGUCCAACGAAUGAUUGACAAGGGGACGGAGCCAAACCCCUGCAGCCUUGCCAAAGGCGUCCCACCCGACCUGAGACGUCGUCGUCUCAGGUUAGAGGGUGAAAUCUCCUGCCUGUCUCUGCACAGCGCACACAAAUACCAAGGUACUCGUACAAACAUUGAAGUCAUCUCUGCCGGAAAUCAGUGGUUGAGAGCCAACCCAACACGCCCACCAUCGCCAUCCUUCGAGCACUCGAGCAAUCGCUCGUGCGCAGGAGCCACGAUGAGGCACGAGCUUGUUCGAGUAUCGAAAAUCAGUGGGCAGGCCAAGCGGGAUAGCGCUGGGAGGGUGGGGCAGGACCCUGACAAGAAGAGAAGCAGAGGAAAAAAUCUAACGAGUCACAAAGAAGAAGCAGCAGCAGGAGCCCUACCAGUUUUAACAUUUGGUGAAGAGUGGGCGCCUGUGCAGCGGUGA